AUAUUCCAAUGUAUUUACACCAAAAGAUACAUGAUAAAUGCCUGUUAUUUGAAUAAUCGCAAUAGCAGACAUUCAGUUCAAGUGAACUGCCAAAGAGCCAUUUUACAAAUUUCAACAUCACUUGUAAUGAUUUUGAAAAGCAGGUAGUGAUGGGAGAAUGGAGAUUUUUGAAACACUGAAUCAGUUAAACCAUGGCGUCACAAAAUGAUUCACUGUUUUGAAUCGCUCCAGUUGGAUCGCCAAUUGCCAAUUAUUUUAUUCAGAUUGGAGAGGGUUUGUGAAAAAUGUUUCUAACUGAAUGAUUUGCGCUCCUAAGUCCUGAACUGAAAUUAUGGUUCAAGAAUCAUUAUCCAAUAACUUUGGAGUGUGGAUCACGAAUCAUUUGAUUCAAAUUGGGACUUUGGAUCGUGCAUAAUUUGAUUAAAAUCGGCAAUUCGGACCGCGAAAUGUGAAUCAUUUGAUUCAAAUCGGGAAUUCAGCAUGCGGAUCGUGAAUCAUUUGAUUCAUUUGAUUGACUCAGAGUGGGACUUCAGACCACAGAUGAAUCAUUUGAUUCAAAUCGGGAAUUCAGCAUGCGGAUCGUGAAUCAUUUGAUUCAUUUGAUUGACUCAGAGUGGGACUUCAGACCACAGAUGAAUCAUUUGAUUCAAAUCGGGAAUUCAGCAUGCGGAUCGUGAAUCAUUUGAUUCAUUUGAUUGACUCAGAGUGGGACUUCAGACCACAGAUGAAUCAUUUGAUUAAAAUCGUGAAUUCGGUGCGUGGAUCAUCUGAUUCAAAUUGAAACUCUGAUAGGUGUUCGUGAAUCAUUUCAUUCAGAUCAGGACUUCGGACCGCAGAUCGGGAAUCGUUUGGUUCAGUUCGGGACUUAUUUGUUUCGAAUCAGAACUUAGGAUCAUUUGAUUCAAAUAAGGAAUUCGGUAUGCGGAUCACAAAUCAUUUAAUUGCGAUCCGGAUCUUUUUAAAUGAAACAGUAGUAAGGGUCAAACCAUUAAGUACAGUUAUAAAAACCAACAAACAAAAAGUAUACGCUAUUAUAGUUAUUAUCAGAACAUUUUUUUUUCAUCUGCUGAACGACAGAAAUAGUGACAACCAAUCAGAAUCCACCCGACUUACAAUAAACAAAACGUCCGUUUGGUGGAACGCUAAUUUAUUUAUUUUCAUUAUCGUUGUUGAACGAGUCUGAACUGCCAAAAAGUCACUGCAGUACAAUGAUACAUUAAAAAAGAAAUUAAAAAAGCCGCGAUGUAAAGCAUGGCAUUUCCACGGUAUUUUUGUACGUGUUCCGCGUGGGUCUGAUAUUCCAGAUGAGCGUGACGCAGGAGUUCCUCAUUAAGCUAAUGGACUGAUCUGAGAUCCGAUACAGUCAAACUCCAGCAGCAGCACAUCAGAUCACUUACAGCUCCGCUCCGAGCGAACGCGCGUCUGACGCGAUUCUCCGCGCUCCUGCUGCUUUUCUGCCGGAAUAAACACCUGCUGAAAGCGAGCGACGCGUACAUCGCGCUGUCCGUCGACGCUCCGCGACACACACACGCGCGCGCCUUUUCAGACGUGCUGUAGAAACGCGCCGCGGAGGAACAUCCGAGCCGCAGGUGAGACAUCUGAUGCUCCGCUAAAACCCCGACGAAGAUGACGGUGAAAUGAUGAAGACGCUGCUGAAAUCAUCUGUGGAUUCGUGAGGGUCUGCGCUCGAGAUGCUGUUUCGGUGUGUGAUGCUGCUGUUUGUGGUUCGUGGACUGUUUAUGGCGUGCGAUGAAGCCGUUGCGAUGAAGAUGAUGUGUGUGCUCUGUGGAUGAAGAUGAUGUUUAUGGUGGCUGGAGCGGGUCUGGUGCUGCAUGCUGAGAUGCAGUGUUAAACGCUGAUCGCUGGGAAAUGGCAGUAGUUUUGGUGUUUUCCAGGCCAUCGUCUGUAUGUCCGACAUGAACGCGCUGCUGGACCGAUUUCACAACUUCAUCCUACCGCGCAUGCGCGGACCCGAGCGCGUGUGUCACUGCACCUGCGGCAGGCAUCAUGUGGAGUACGUGAUCCCGUACGAGGGCUCGGUCUCGGCCAGCUCCGUCGGCUCUUCUGCGGGGAGCAGCGUGAGCAAACAGGAGCUGGACCUGGUGCUGGGUCUCCUCAUGGGCUUCUGCAUCAGCUGGAUCCUGCUGUGGCUGGACGGAGCUCUGCACUGCGCUCUGCGCUUAUGGAGAUCCAGCAGACACUACGGUGCGGACGGGGAUCUGUGGCGCUCGUGGCGCUGGGUGUCGCGCGUGUGUAACCUGCGGGAGCUGCGCAGACGCCUGCAGACGCGGCGGCCGGAGGACGGCGGGAACAACGUGGUGCACGUCAAGCAGAAGCUCUACCACAACGGCCACCCGAGCCCGCGGCGCCUCUGACCGACUCUCGCCGGCGUGUUUCUGCUUGCUGUGUGUUUUUCACUGGUUUUGUGAGUGUUAGUUUUGUAGGGCUCUACACGUCACCGGGGGGGUUUGCAUUUUUUAGACCAAUCUUUGUGUACCGGGUAAACAGUGUCUGUUUUAGAAACACGGCAUGCUGGGUAAUCUUCAGUCAGGAGAUCUGCUGCUGUAUCGGUGUUUGUGUGACAUUAAAGUGACUCGUUUGAUGGAGCACAAAUGACUUUGGUUUCCGCCGUCAGAUGAUUUUCACUGUUCUGCACUGGAAAAAAACUGAAAUACGUGGAAAUAUCACAGUGUGGCUUGUGUUUGCAGUCCGGAUGGACUCAUAUUUAUGAGACGUUCAGUGUGUUCGUUGUCUCUUUCUGAAGGAGACUAUUCCUACAGGACAAAACAGUACAGCUCGUUCUUUUCGUUUUUUAUUAAAUGACAUAUUUUGCUUAAUAACGUUAUAAUUAAAAAUGUAUUAUCGUUAA